AUGUUCCUUCCCUCUUUCCUUACUAUCUUUCUUUCCUUGUUUCUUCCUUGCUUCCGUUCUUUCUUUCUUUCUUUCUUUUUACUCUGUUCUUGCUCGUAUUCCUUCUUUCACUAUUUUAUGUUCCUUCCCUCAUUUCUUUCUUUCUUUCUUUUCUUUCUUUCUUUCUUACUUACUUAUUUUCUUUCUUUCUUUCUUUCUUUCUUUCUACUCUGUUCUUGCUAUUAUUCCUUCUUUCAUUGUUUUAUGUUCUUUCCCUCCUUCCUUACUCUCUUUCUUUUUUUCUUUCCUUCUUCCUUUCUUUCUUUAUUUCUUUCUUUUUACUCUGUUCUUACGCGUAUUCCUUCUUUCACUAUUUUAUGUUCCUUCCCUCCUUCCUUACUAUCUUUCUUUCUUUCUUUCUUUUAUUCUUCCUUCCUUCCUUCCUUCCUUCCUUCCUUCCUUCCUUCCUUUCUUUCUUUUUUUCUUACUUUUUACUCUAUUCUUGCUCGUAUUCCUUCUUUCACUAUUUUAUGUUCCUUCCCUCCUUCCUUAUUUACUUUUUUCUUUCUUUCUUUCUUUCUUUCUUCCUUCCUUCCUUUCUUUUUACUCUGUUCAUGCUCGUAUUCCUUCUUUCAUUAUUUUAUGUUCCUUCCCUCCUUCCUUACUUUCUUUAUUUCUUUCUUUAUUCCUUCCUUCCUUCCUUUCUUUCUUUCUUUCUUUCUUUCUUUUUACUCUGUUCAUGCUCGUAUUUCUUCUUUCAUUAUUUUAUGUUCCUUCCCUCCUUCCCUCCUCCCCUCAUUCUAUUCUUUCUUUCUUUCUUUCGUUCUUUCUUUUUUCUUUUUAUUCUAUUUUUGCUCGUAUUCCUUCUUUCACUAUUUUAUGUUCCUUCCCUCCUUCCCUCCUCCCCUCCUUCUAUUCUUUCUUUCUUUCUUUCGUUCUUUCUUUCUUUCUUUCUUUCUUUAUUUCUUUUUACUCUUCCUUCCUUUUUUUUCCUUCCUUUUUUCUUUCUUUCUUGUAAGUUCUUGUUUACUUUACACCCCUUCAACAUUUUUUUCUUUCUUCUCUCCUCCUCUCCGGUGUUUCUGUUUUCCGUUAUCCUCCCUCACACCCACCCCACCACUCUUCUCCCAUAGUCGAAGUCAUUCUCUCUCUCUCUCUCUCUCUGUCUCUCUCUCUCUCCCACCACUCUCUUAA